AUGCGUCUUCUGAUUCUUAUCUUCCUCUUGUAUUAUGUUUAUAGUGGACAAUGUGAAGAAAAUCCUGAGGACAAUCCCUCUGACAAACCCAAAGAAGAACCAAAGGCAGAAACGAAGAAAGUACCCAAGAAAAUAUGCGGAGAAAAAAACAAGAAAAAAUGCGAGGAAAAGCGGAAGAAAAAAGGAGAGAAAAUACCAACUAAGCAUCUAACUAAAGAUGAAGCUAUCUUGUUUUGCAUGAAACAAAUACCUGAUUAUGUCGAUGAAGUAGGGCGACAUCCAGCGUUUACAUGUGCGAACCCAAAUGUUCACCAAUUUUCAUUUAAACCCAGGAAGGCGGGCGUCACUAAAAGAUGGUGCGCAUAUGUAUCAAAACGAAAUAAAAAGGGAAAAAUAUUAGAGUUCAACUGUAGGACACACUCAAUCAUAGGUGAAGAUAUUUAUAUGGAUGACGAAGAAGGUAAAGAGGGACAGGAAGAGAUAGAGGAAAAGAUAAAGGAAAGAGAAAAGCAAAAGAGAAAGCAAUGAAUCUUUUCUUUAGCUAUAUUUUGCUUUAUUU